UUAUCCCUCCAAAAAAAAUAUUGUAAAUGAAAAAAAAAAAUAGAGUGGAAGGGUAACUUGGUUAUUUUAGGAAUUUUUUUUUACAAGUUUUGAUGGAGAUGGGAUUGUUGGGCAUACACUAAACUUCAGGGAGGUCAAAACAAUAAAUCUGAAACAUUCCACUUGUGUGACAUUUGUCCAUCUUUCAAGAAAGAUCAUUAUAACUUACCCUAAAAUUUAAAACAAUGAGGCUUCAUCUCUGCCCACGCUAGAAGUACAAAGCCUUUAUCGAUGAAUUUCAAUGAUCUUGAUCUCUUUUCAAUUGGAACACGAUCUAGGUUCAUUUGGAAAAGAAUCGUCUAAACUAGAAAUAUUUUUAAUGCCUAUAUGUAAACAAUUUGUAAAGUAGUGGGUUGUUGUUAAUGUAUCUCACAUUGGCUAGGUUCAUUUGGAAAAGACUCUUCAAAACUAGAAAUAUUUUUAGUGCCCAUAUGCGAACAAUUUUUUAAGUAGUGGGUUGUUGUUAAUGGUAUCUCAUUUUGGCUUUUGGGUUAAAGAGGAAGGGUUUAAUUCGUUCAAUUGGCUCAAUCCUCUGCUAUGGUUGGUAUCAGACCUGAUCUUUGAUUCGGUGUCACGCGAGCACAUGCCUGAACCUGAACCUGGGAGGUGAUAUAAAGAGCUUGCACAAAUAUUUGCACUUCUAGUAGCCGAAGAAGGGAAGACUUCUUCAUAUGUAAACGCAUAUGCAUAUGCGCGAGCUGGGACGGUUAAAAAGCUGGAAGGCAGAGGUACCUACCUGGUGAUUGGACUCUUGUUGGUAACUCCAAAAAAACCCUGUGUGUUCGUUUAGUUAUUCUCUCGAACAGGUUAUGCUCGUCAUAUAUAGUGUGUGUCAUAGCCCUUUUUUUCAUAACAAUAUUUAUAAAAUUCUGUCCUCUGGGUGAUACGAGAUAUGAGAAGAAGGUUCACCCAAUCCCUUUUCUCUCUCACCCAACUCAAUUCAACACGUACACAGCCAUCUCUAUGUCAAUCUGUUAAUCCACUCACUCCCUCUGAGUUAAGCUCUUCCGGCACCUAUAUUCGUAGGAGCUCCUUAAGACCUUCUGAUUUCCCAUUCUUUUUCUCAUCUUUUACCUUAUCCGUAGACAAAAACCCAAGGCGUCUUCCAACGGUUGAAUCGGAUGGUAACAGUGACAAUGACGAUGACAACGAUGGUGAAGGCGAUGACAACGACCCAGAUGGGCAAUUGGAUUCUAGAGACCCGAUUAUUGCCGGAGAUGUAGGAACCAUUCUGGGUAUUUUACGGGAAAAGGGUAGCGGCGGUGCUCAGGUGAAAAGCAAGCUUGAGCAGUGUGGUGUCACUGCCUCGUCGGAGUUGGUGGACGAGGUUCUUUCGCGGGUACGCAACGAUUGGGAAGCAGCAUUCACCUUCUUUCUUUGGGCAGGUAAGCAGCCGGGUUAUGCACAUUCCCUGCGUGAGUACCAUUCAAUGAUUGCCAUUCUUGGGAAAAUGAGGAAGUUUGACACUGCCUGGGCAUUGAUCGAUGAAAUGAGAGGUGGUAAGACUGGUCCAUCUUUGGUGACUCCUCAGACACUCUUGAUCAUGAUCAGGAGGUAUUGUGCUGUACAUGAUGUUGGUAAAGCUGUGAAUGCUUUUUAUGCUCAUAAAAAGUUUAAAUUUGAAGUGGGUAUGGAGGAAUUCCAACAGUUUCUCUCUGCCCUUUGCCGGUACAAAAAUGUUAAAGAUGCCGAGCACCUUCUCUUCUGCAACAAAAAUGUUUUCCCUUUUAAUACCAAGAGCUUUAACAUUAUUCUCAAUGGGUACUGCAACAUUGUUGGUGAUCAACGCGAGGCGAAGAGAAUUUGGAGGGAGAUGAUCGAGAGAAGAAUUCCACGUGAUGUUAUUUCAUAUUCUAGUAUCAUGUCCUGCUAUUCAAAAGCCAGUAAUCUCAAUGCCGUGUUCAAGCUUUUCGACCAGAUGAAGGCAAUGGAUAUUACGCCGGAUAGGAAAGUUUACAAUGCAGUCAUUCAUGCUCUUGCUAAAGGCAGAUUUGUGAAAGAGGCUCGAAAUCUCAUGAAAACAAUGGAGGAGAAGGGUAUUGCUCCAAAUGCUGUUACCUAUAACUCACUGAUCAAGCCUCUCUGUAAGGCCCGUCGAUUAGAUGAUGCCGGAGAGGUCUUCCAUGAGAUGUUGGAGCGGGACCUCUCCCCUACCAUUCGGACUUAUCAUGCCUUCUUUCGUAUUCUAAGGACAGGGGAACAAGUGUUUGAGCUCUUGGAAAAGAUGUAUAAGAUGGGUUGCUGCCCAAAUAAUGAUACUUACAUCAUGUUGAUUAGAAAGUUCUGUCGUUGGCGCCAGCUUGACAAUGUCAUCAAGCUGUGGACUGAGAUGAGCAAGAAUGGACUUGACCCUGACCGGAGCUCUUACACUGUGCUGAUACAUGGGCUCUUUUUGAAUGGAAAGUUGGAGGAAGCAUACAAAUAUUAUCAAGAGAUGAAAGAAAAACAGUUUUUGCCAGAACCGAAGACAGAUGAGAUGCUUCAGGCUUGGGUGUCCAGCAAGGAAAUUGCAGAGUGGCGCGUGGUAGAUUCAGAAAAAAAUCAAGUGGAUUGUAGUCAUUCAGGCAACAGAACUACGGUCAACUCUAAAAAGUUUAAUGAAGAAAGAGAUUUUCGCCGACAACCUGAAACUCGAAGAGUGGUAAGAGAGCGCGGCUUUUCAUUUUGGGAUCCGUAGAUUCAAGUGUUGACAAUCAAUCGGACAGCUAUCUCUUAUAAACAUGAAUCUUGCUACUCAGCAAUCGUCAGCAUAUUAGUGUCCCUGAGGACUCCAUACAGGAAUUGAAAUUCUGUUGAUAGCUUUGAACAGUGCGUGAAAUGAUUUUCUGCUGAGUCUUCCUUAUACCACAUUGCAGUAAGAUGAUGAAUCUAUUAUUCACCUACAUGGCAUUUGUGGUGGAUCAGAAACCAGAAAUAUCAUGAGGAUGCUACAUUUAUACCUUACCAAAUUGCAAGGCAAAUCAUAUGGAAUGUGGUGGAUUCUCUGGUAUACAUCUGUGCAUUUGGCGGGAAAAUUCUCAUUUUAAUUGGAGGAGCACUGUAAGUAGUGUUGGUUUGAAGGGGUUUAUGUGGGAGAGGCUUAUCUGGUGUUUGUAUUCUGAUAUUUUUUUUGUUAAAAGUUUGUAUUCUGAAUUUCUGAUAUUCCUUUUGCUGAUUUGUUUGUUUUGCUGUUUCUCUUGGCCAA